AUGCUUAGAGAUUAUCAUGCUUUUGUUGAUUGUUUUGGGAAAAAGGUGAUAUUUAGCAUUCCUGGUCAGCCUGAGUUCUGUUUUGAGGGGAAGCAUGUGGAUAGACCACUUCGUUUGAUCUCAAUCUUACGACCUAAUUCUUUGCUUAUGAAGGGUUGUCAAGGCUUUUUGGCUUAUGUGGUGAGUAAUGAAAAUGAUUUGAAGUUGGAGGACAUACCCGUUGUAAGGGAUUUUCCUGAUGUUUUUCUAGAUGAUUUGUCUGGCUUGCCACCAGAAAGGGAGGUGGAAUUUACCAUUGACUUGGUACUAGGAAUAACUCCUAUCUCUAAGACUCCAUACAAGAUGGCACCUGUAGAGCUUAAAAAGUUGAAGAUUGUUGAAUCAGAUUGGGUAUUUCUUCUUCAAGGCAAGAAAGUUGUUAAAGUGGAUUCCGGAUGUGAUUUAGUUGCAGAAGUUGCUUCUAUUCCUGGGGUGCUCGCUUGUGAAUCUGGAAGGAGUUCUGUUGCCGAAUGUGAUGGGAUUCUUAGGCUCGGUUUCAAGGAAAUUGUUGUUGGGAAUGCCACACCAAUUUGGUACAAUUUGAUUCGGCAAGGUCUUGUGCAAGAAGACAUCUUCUCUUUCUGGCUAAACCGGGAUCCACAAGCCAUCGAUGGAGGUGAGAUUGUUUUUGGUGGUGUCGACAAGAGACACUUCAAGGGGCAGCACACUUAUGCUUCAAUCACUCAAAAGGGUUACUGGCAGUUUGAAAUGGGAGAGUUUCUUAUUGGAUACCAAUCAACAGGCUUUUGUGAGGCAGGUUGUGCAGCUAUUGUAGAUUCAAGAACAUCCUUAAUUGUUGGUCCAACGGCGAUUGUGACUGAAAUCAACCAUGCAAUUGGAGUAGAAGGAAUCUAUGUUCCCUACAUGCCAGAUGUUACAUUCACCAUUGUAGAUAAGCAUUUCACCCUGACCCCAAAAGAGUAUGUUCUAAAAACUGGUGAAGGCAUUGCAACCGUCUGCCCCAGUGGAUUCUUGGAGAAAUAUUCAUGGGAUUGUGAACUCGUUGAUGUGGAGUUCAUGUAUGUUGUGAAAUGA